CUUCAGUGGACGAAGAUGCAUUCUUCAAGGGCCAGGUUUGUGGUUCCCUAUGGUCUCAAGACCCUGCUGGAGGGUGUGAGCAGAGCUGUCUUCCAGACCAACCCAAACAACAUCACUGGCUUUGCAGCGCUAUACUUCCAAGAGCUUGUUGCCUUCAGAGAAGGGAAUCCCAAUCUGGAUUUAACAGAGCUGGUUGGAGAAUUUCAAUUUAUUAGUGAAGACUGGAAUGAGAGACUGCCACAGAAAUUGGAUGCACAAGACACUUCAGUUCCUGGGGAGCCCAAACAAAAGGAAAAGUGUACUGACACAGAGGAGGACCAACUCCUUGAAAGCCCUGAUACUGAAUAUACCUCCAAAAUGACUCAAUACCCAUCAACUCACAAUGACGUUGUAGAAAACAAAACCCCCACCGGACCUGAUGAAGCUUCGUCCCCCAAGGGACCAGAACUUGCAUACGUCCCCGCUGACCCUGCCCAGCUUGCUACCCAGAUGCUAGCCAUGGCAGCAAGCGAAGCAGGACAGCCACCACCAUAUUCUAAUGUGUGGACCCUCUAUUGUCUAACUGACUUGAGCCAAGGUCAAAAAUCACCACCAUCCCUUCCUCCUGCUGGAACUGGCAUUCCUUAUCCCCAGGCAACCCUCUAUCUCUCUGGGGGGAAGGAUCAACAACAGUUCCUCCAACCAAUACCACUACAAGGUCAACCACCACAACUAUUCUCUCCGACAUAUGUGAUGCCAGAAGAAAGCAAGAGGGGAAAUGUUCCACCUUUCAUUUUAGUGGGCUCUGCUGUUCAGAACACACAGGACUGGAAAGCUAUUCCUGGCCAGGCUGUCCUUGCACAGCAAGACACUGGUGCUAGGAGAUUUGCUACAAUCCCAGUACCGGUUGCCAGGCCAGCUGAUCAGCAAGUACCUAUGCCAAAUCCCAAUCCUACUGCUGCACAGGAGACUGCUAGGCCACCAACCCCAGUUUUGCUCUCAGUUGCCAUCCCCCUGGAUGAUGUAAUGUCUGCAAAGAAAGGCUCACCAGCUGGUGAUAAGCAAACGGCCAUGCAUGCCUUUGCAGGAAGUUAUGGUAUUGCAGGACAGAUUACAGUUACAUCUGGCCCAAUCCACAGAGCAGGUUCAUGAGAAGGUUGAGAAGAGAGGCUGUUUGGACUUCAUCAGGAGUGGAAUUUACAUCUUAAUAAAUCAAAUAACUUAAAGCACGUGCUCAAAAUUAAAUGCCAGCAAUCAGAACAGAAUCUCAUGCCUUCUGUGUCUUCCUAGCAUACUGAAGGUUAACUUUCAGUUUCCUGGGAGUGCAGUAUGACAAGACUAUGCUACUAUAGUGUGUACA